UUAGAGAAGGAAGGCUACGUGAGCUACGAAGAACUGUCAAACUUCACAAUUUCGAAAAAGAUGAAAAUGGCUGAAUCACUGAAUAGUAAAAGUUACUUUUCUGUCAAUUCGAAAUCGAAUUCAAAAACGUCAAUGUCAACAACAUUGUCGAGAAAAUAAACUAGAAACAAUAAUGUAGAAUAAUACAAAAGUUAAUUCUUAAUUUUAACAAUCUAAACCAUCAAAAAUGAACGUAAUAUCAGCGGUGAAGGCGUACGUGGUAAAAAUGACCUCGGAGAGCGAGCCCGGCAUGAAAAUCCUAUUAAUGGAUAAAGAAACGACCAGCGUUAUCAGCAUGGUGUACGGGCAAUCCGAAAUCCAACAGAAAGAAGUCUACUUGCUGGAGCGCAUAGAUUCUGCGAACUUCCCCAAUUCCACGGGCCUGCGCUACCUCAAGUGUUUGGUCUUCGUCAGGCCCACCCAACAGAACGUAACGGCUCUCUGCAACGAGCUGAGGAACCCCAAGUACGGGGCCUACUACAUAUACUUCAGCAACAUAAUAGCCAAAGCUGAUAUAAAGAUUCUAGCCGAGCACGAUGAACACGAGGUGGUUAAAGAAGUACAGGAGUUUUACAUGGAUUACCUGGCAGUGAAUCCGCAUUUAUUUUCGCUCGGCAUAAGCUCCUGUUUGUCGAGCUUGAGUUGGAAUCCUCCGGCGCUCCAGCGCACUGUACAAGGAUUAGUAUCGGUUUUGUUAUCUUUAAAGAAAUGCCCCGUCAUUCGGUACCAAGCCAAUUCGAGCGUAUGCAAAGAUUUGGGAACUCGUAUCGAGGAGAUAAUCAGCAAGGAAUCGUCGUUGUUCGCUUUCAGCCAAACCAACAAUUGCCUAUUGUUAAUUCUAGAUCGUAGAGAUGAUCCGAUAACGCCUUUACUGAACCAAUGGACCUACCAAGCGAUGGUGCACGAACUACUAACAAUCAACAACAACAGAGUCAGUUUAUCGGACAUAAACGGAAUACCCAAAGAACUAUCGGAAGUGGUUUUAUCCGUCGAACAAGACGCUUUUUACGCCAAAAACAUAUUCAUGAAUUACGGCGAAAUAGGCACCAAUAUCAAAGAGCUAAUGGAUCAUUUCCAAGCCAAGGCGAAGAGCCACCAGAAAAUCGAAUCCAUAGCCGAUAUGAAGAACUUCGUCGAGUCCUAUCCGCAAUUCAAGAAACUCUCCGGUAACGUCACUAAACACGUAACUGUAGUGGGCGAAUUGAGCGCGAUGGUCAACAAAUUCGAUUUGCUCGACGUCUCCGAAGUUGAACAGGAAAUUUCAUCGCAAAACAACGACCACCACGGUCACCUGCAAGGCGUUAAAAAGCUAAUAAACAGCGAACGGACCAGAGACAGCGACGUCGCCAAGCUGGUGAUGUUGUACGCUCUAAGAUACCAAAACUACAACAACAACGAUUUAAUCGGUUUGGUGGAAUUGAUAAAAAGACGGAGCGUGCCGGGCAGAUUUCUGAAGAACAUAGUCAACAUAAUCGAAUACGCCGGCUCGCACGCCAGACAAAGCGACUUGUUCAACGCCGAAAACGCCGUGAAAAUCACCAAGAGGUUCAUCAAAGGGCUCAGCGGAGUCGAUAACGUUUACACGCAACACAAACCGUUGUUGAACGAAACGCUCGAAGAUCUAGUCAAAGGCCGGUUGAAGGAGCAACUGUAUCCUUAUUUGGGCAAUCGGGGGUCCGGACGACAACAGGACGUUGUUGUAUUCAUCGUCGGAGGGGCCACCUACGAGGAAUCGUUGACGGUGCAUUCCAUUAACAGGAAUAAUCCUAAUUUCAAUGUAUUAUUGGGCGGUACUACCAUUCACAACUCGACUAGUUUCCUGCAGGAAGUCGAUCAGGCUACGAGAAACGUACCGAGGAAAUAUACUAGAUAUAUUCGUAAUAUACAAUUUGAUUGAACACGUUCCUUGAUGGGUGUUCUUCAUCCACAUUUAAUUUAUUCCAUAGUAUAUGUUGUAAACAAAUUAUUAUUAUUAUACAAUUUAUCCUU